GCUCGCGUGCUGCCACGUCUGGGCCGUGGACUCGGACUGAGGCUCGCGAGGUGGGACGGGCUCUGGAGUCGGAGCCGGAUCCGGAUCCGGUGCCGUGCUCCGCGGCGGAGGGGAGUCUGACGCGCCCCGCGAGGAGUGCGGACUGCGGGGCCUGAGCGGGUGAGGAGGGCCGGCGUGCCGCCGCCGGGGGGCUGACGCCGGGCUUGUCACACAGACUCUCCUGGAAAGAUGAAACCUGAUGAAACUCCUAUGUUUGACCCAAGUCUACUCAAAGAGGUGGACUGGAGUCAGAAUACAGCUACGUUUUCUCCAGCCAUUUCCCCAACCCACCCGGGAGAAGGCUUGGUUUUGAGGCCUCUCUGUACUGCUGACUUAAAUAGAGGUUUUUUUAAGGUACUAGGGCAGCUGACAGAGACUGGAGUUGUCAACCCUGAACAGUUCAUGAAAUCUUUUGAGCAUAUGAAGAAAUCAGGGGAUUAUUAUGUUACAGUUGUGGAAGAUGUGACUCUAGGACAGAUUGUUGCUACGGCCACUCUGAUAAUAGAACACAAAUUUAUUCAUUCCUGUGCUAAGAGAGGAAGAGUGGAAGAUGUUGUCGUUAGUGAUGAGUGCAGAGGGAAGCAGCUUGGCAAACUGUUAUUAUCAACCCUUACUUUGCUAAGCAAGAAACUGAACUGUUAUAAGAUUACUCUUGAAUGCCUACCACAAAAUGUUGGUUUCUAUAAAAAGUUUGGAUAUACAGUAUCUGAAGAAAACUACAUGUGUCGGAGAUUUCUAAAGUAAAAAUAUUUCAAGAAAGAGAACUAUCAAAGGCACUAAUGGUACAAAGCUAUCCUCUUACUAGAGUUAAAAUACUAUGUUGCUGUGAUCCAGUAAUCUCCAUAAAUACCAGACUGAAAAAAAAAACCCACUGUAAUACUGAAGUAUGACAUUGAGAAGAUUACUUUGGGCUGGUGGGACAUUCUGUGAGUUCAGAUCACAAAUGAUUAUUAUAAAGGGGGUGAUUUUUAACCAAAAGAAUAUAUUUUUAACUUGAA